UGAAAUUAAGCAAACAAUGGGGCAGAGCAAUUUCAGUAUUACUGGAAAAGACAGUGAUAAAGUUAAAGCAAGCCGGAAAUUAGGCCGACUCAAGCGUGGGCAUCGAAGCAUAAUAUAAUGUUAUCCCACAUGAAGUAGUUUUACAAGGACGUGUGUUCACGUGAAGAUCAGAUUCCCCUUCUGUCACUCAGUUUUUCAAAUGUAUUAAAACUGAUAGCCAAACAAAAUCUCAAACAAGGACGUACGUUGAAUAGAAGAAGACUCCACGACCUUUCCACUCCAUACCGGAUUUUUCUCUGUACACUUCUUUACCUAUAAAUGGGUCUCCCUUACACCCAAGAUUCAGGCUACCCAACUUCCUGGAUUCAGAAAAUAUAUAAGUUUCCAGUUCAUUCUAGCGGGUGGAGAAAAGAAUUGGAAUUGGGUAGAGAGAAAAAGCAGUAGAAAUGAGAGAAACAACUGGUUCAGAUCUAUACUCAGCCGUUUCAUGCUCUGAUUUAUGCAGUGGUGAGAGCGAUUCAAGCCCCUGGAUUCUUUCUGUUCUUGCCUCCUUACUAGAAAGACUUGUAGCCAGACAUGAAAGGAUGCUGUUUUCUUCAGGCAAAAAGAUUACAAGAGAAAACUUGUGUGUUUUCUCUGCAAUGCAAAUUCCUGCCAUGAGCUUACACAAGUACUUGGAAAGGAUGUUCAAGUAUGUCCGCUGCAGUCCAUCUGCAUUUGUUGUGGCUUAUGCUUACAUUGAUCGCCUAAUUCUCAGCAAUCCCAACUUCCGCUUAACAUCUCUCAACAUUCACAGGCUUACCAUCACUACUGUCAUGGUUGCUACCAAGUUUUUAGACGAUCUGCAUUACAAUAAUGACUAUUUUGCAAAAGUAGGAGGCUUAACACUGAGGGAAAUGAACAUUCUAGAAGUUGAAUUUCUGUUCAUGCUGCGGUUCCGCUUGCAGGUGACAGUGAGCGUGUUUGAAAGCUAUUGUUCCCAUUUUAAGCGAGAGGUUUCAUUGGGUGGAGGGUUUCAGAUAGAGAGGACCAUUCUCAGUCUAUCCAAUAAUGAAACGAAGAAAUCAUGUAGACUAGAAGAGAGCAAAAAGCAGACAUUAGGCAUCAGUUACAGCUAUGCAGGAUGUUAAAAGUAAAACUAUAGGUUUUUUCUUUUUUCCAUUAAAUUAUAAAGAGUCAAUCCAGGGAGAUUUUCCCCCUUUCCACAAGGAAAGGAUAAGGACUACAAAAUUGUCUGAUAGUAUGCUUUUUUCAAAGGCUUGGUACCUCUUUACUAGUCAAAAGAGAAUAAAAGUAUUGACCACAUUGUAAUAUUAAGUGACUGGACUUUCUAAUGUGAGCUAAUGUUCAAUUGGAAAGGUAUAUUAUUUCA